UACUCAAUGAUAACUCUUCCUGGAAAUCUCCAUCUGGUGAAUUUGCAUUUGGCUUCCAACAGAUUGAAACUGGAGAGUUCUUACUGGCCAUAUGGUUUGAUAAAAUACCUGAAAAGACCAUUGUAUGGUUAGCCAAUGGCGGAAAUCUAGUGCAACAAGGCUCAAAAGUUCAACUUACAACAGAUGGCCAGUUCGUGCUCAUAGACCCCAAAGGACAAGAGGUAUGUAUGGCCAAUUUGAAUGGCACUGGUACUGUUUCUUAUGUAGCUAUGCUCGACACUGGAAACUUUGUGGUAGCAAGCCAGGACUCCACCAACUUGUGGGAAAGUUUUGAUCAGCCAACUGACACAAUACUACCCACACAAAUAUUAAAUAUUGGCAGCAGCCUUGAUGCUCGUUAUUCAGAAAUGAACUACUCGAGUGGAAGAUUUCUGAUGCAGUUUCAAUCAAAUGGAAGUCUUGUACUUUCCACCAUACAUUUCCCACUACGUUCACUAAGUACUGAUUACUGGUCAGCUAACGCUAACGGAAAUGGUUUUCAGGUUAUCUUCAAUUUGUCUGGCUACAUCUACUUAGAAGCUAAAAAUAAAAGCAUACUCAGUUAUAUAGCAUCAAUUGGAGCUUCCUCUAGCAACUUCUACCAGCGAGCAAUCCUUGAAUAUGAUGGCGUCUUCAGGCAAUAUGUCUAUCCAAAGAACAAUAGUGUCACUGCUGGAAGGCCUAUGGCCUGCUACUGUACUCAAGGAGAUGAUCAAAGAUCUAAAUGCCAAUGUCCACCUGGAUACUCAUACUUGGAUCCAGAUAAUGAAAUGAAUGGAUGCAAACAGGCUUUUGCCCCACAAGAGUGUGAUGGAGGCCAAGAUGCGAAUCUUUUUGAUAUACGAGAGAUGCCCGGCAUAAAUUGCUGGGGAGGGGAUUAUGAAUAUUUUAACCCCGUUAGUGAGGAUUGGUGCAGACAGGUAUGCUUGACAGAUUGCUUUUGUGCUGCUGCAAUCGUUAAUCCAAAUCAUGACUGUUGGAUGAAGAAAAUUCCUCUCUCAAAUGGUGUGCAAUUUAAUAAUGUUGGAACGACAGCACUUGUCAAAGUAAGGAAAGACAAUUCCACAACAUCCACCGCCAACGGUUCAAAGAAGCCCAAGUCAACACUGAAUUUUAUUCUAACCAUGCUCUUUAGUAGCUCAGCAUUUUUGAACCUUGUUCUGUUGAUUGCUACUCUUUGGGUUGUUUUUAGAAAAAGAAGGAUCACUCAGCCGUCCGAACAAAUCCAAGGCGUAGCUUUACGAAGCCUCACUUACAAGGAACUUGAAGGAGCUACAAAUGAUUUCAAAGAAGAACUUGGGAAGGGUGCUUGUUCAACAGUUUACAAAGGAAUUCUUGCUAUUGGUAACAACAAUUUGAUUGCAGUUAAAAGAUCGGACAAGAUGGUGACAGACAACGAGCAAGAAUUUCAAGCAGAAAUGAGCGCAAUUGGCAAGACAAACCAAAAGAAUCUUGUGCAGCUGCUAGGAUUUUGUAAUGAGGGACAACAUCGGCUUUCGGCGUAUGAAUACAUGAGCAAUGGAUCUUUAGCAUCUUAUCUUUUUGGGAAUUCAAGGCCAAGUUGGUAUAGAAGAACUCAAAUUGCUUUUGGAACUGCAAGGGGACUUGCUUAUUUGCAUGAAGAGUGCAACAACCAAAUCAUACACUGCGACAUCAAGCCACAAAAUAUCCUUCUAGAUGACUCCUUGACAGCAAGAAUUUCAGACUUUGGAUUGGCAAAACUUUUGAAGACAGACCAGACACAAACUCUUACCGCAGUUAGGGGUACAAAAGGAUAUGUUGCUCCAGAAUGGUUCAAAAGCAAGCCUGUCACAGUCAAAGUUGACGUUUAUAGCUUUGGAAUUCUGCUGCUAGAGCUCAUUUGUUGUAGGAAGAGUUUUGAUCAAGAUGCAAAGGAUGAAAAUCAAAUGAUAUUGGCUGAUUGGGCAUACGAUUGCUGCGAAGAAGGGAGAAUGUAUAUGCUAGUGCAAGAAGAUGAAGAGGCAAUUCAGGAUAUAGAGACGGUAGAGAAGUUGUGAUGAUUGCCAUUUGGUGCAUUCAAGAUGAUCCAUUGGUAAGACCCACUAUGAAGAGAGUCUCACAGAUGUUAGAAGGUGUUAUUGAAGUUCCUCAUCCUCUAGUCAAUCCCCAUUCAACAGUUUAA